UGUACUUGUACUAGUGUGUACUUGUACUGGUGUGUACUUGUACUAGUGUACUUGUACUAGUGUGGUAAAUGAUGACGUGGUGAUGAAGCCGACCAAUCAGCAACGUCCUGGAGACAUAAAUACACCGACCGCAGUUUAUGGCUCUUUAUGAAUGAAGUCGUCUCACACGGGUGACUGAAUCAACCUCACGACCCCCAUGCUGACCCUCACGACCCCCAUGCUGACCCUCACGACCCCCAUGCUGACCCUCACGACCCCCAUGCUGACCCUCACGACCCCCAUGCUGAACCUCACGACCCCCAUGCUGACCCUCACGACCCCCAUGCUGACCCUCACGACCCCCAUGACCCCGGUGCGCGGCGGCUGCCCCCCCGUCGGUAUCCAGCUGGAGGGCGUGAUCCUGCCCCCGCUGCUCAUCGUCGACGUGGUUCUGGGGCUCUUGGGAAACGCGGUGGCCUUGUGGAUCUUCUGCUUCAAGCUGAAGGCCUGGAACCCCAACAACCUGUUCCUGUUCAACCUGGUCAUCGCCGACUUCCUGGCCCUGGUGAGCCUGCCGCUGAGGAUCGAUGCCUUGCUCAGGGGCCACUGGGUGUUUGGAGACGGCGUGUGCCGGAUCAACCUCUUCCUGAUGUUCUCCAACCGCUCGGCCAGCAUCGCGCUCAUGACGGUGGUGGCGCUCUACCGCUACUUCAAGGUGGUCCACCCUCACCACCGGUUCAACCGCCUGACCAAGCGCCAGGCGGCGUGGGUGUCGGUGUUGGUCUGGAUGCUGGUCGCCGCCCCUCGGCUCCCCAUGCUGGCGUACGACCACAUCAAGGGCGGCGGCAACAGAACCCAGUGCUUCUUCUUCACCUCCUACGGGGAGGCGUCGCGGGCCCUCGUCGUGCUGGUCGGCACGCACCAAGUCCUGACGGUGCUGGAGUUCGUGGUGCCGGCGGCCAUGCUGCUGUUCUGCUCCGUGCGCAUCUUCAGCUUCCUGCGGCGCCGGCAGAUGGGAAAAGCGGAGAAGGUGCGCAAGGCGAUGCGGGUGUGCAUCGCCAUCGUGGUGGUGUUCACGGUGUGCUUCCUGCCCACCACGGUGGCCACCGUCGGGGUGUGGGUUGUCCGCUCGUUCCGGCCGUGGGACUGCGCCUCCUUCUACACCUUCACCCAGCUCUCCAUCGUGUCCCUGGGGCUCAACUUCCUGAACUCGGCGCUGGACCCCGUCGUCUACGUCUUCUCCAGCUCCACCUUCAGGAAGGCCCUCUGCGGCGCGCUGCCCGGCGCCCUGCCCGGCGCCCUGCGCUGCGGGGAAGACGGCGGCGACGGCGAGAACGUGGCGUCCUCGGGGACUCAAACCACCGGCCAGCAGGAGCUGAAGUCCACGAGGGCGGAAAGCGAAGCCAUGUGACCACACCACCAUUUUAAUUAUAUUUUUAGUUUAGAGGGUAUGAUUUAAAUUUGAUUGUUAAUAAUGGUUCAUUUUGUAUAAAGUACAAAUUAAACACCAACAUUUAUUUUAUAUUACCGUGUCACUCGCAAGUAAGGAAUAAAGAAAAUGUUUAUUUUUGUCUUUAUAA